GUUUCAGUUGAGUUUUGAACGUUCAACAAUAAGUCUCGGUCGAUCGAUGUUCGCCGGCUAUCGAUUGUAAUCGCUCGCCAAACUCAUUCUCGUUUGCCGAUUUCGUAUCGUGUCAGAUUUUGUGAAAAAGGAAUUUUUUUUUAAACUUAUAUAUAUAUAACAACACACAGUCUUCAUUUCCUAUUGUGUAUUCAUCGUUGGUGAUUUAAAAAAAAAAGACGAGUUUAAAUUGUAAUUUAAAUUUAUAAUAAAUUUAUGCCAAUUUUUUUUAUCUUUCAAAAAAAGUCAUUCGAAAAGAUUUAUUUGAAGCAAAAAAAUAAACAAGAUUAAAUUCAUUUGUGUCGACCACGUCGCAUUUAUUCAAAGUGCUGAGAAAAAGAAUGUAACAUUUUAUGCAAGCAAAUAAGAGAGAAGAAAAAAAAACAAUUUUAAUGCCUACACAAUAAAUCAAGAGCCGAAAAAAAUAAUUCUUUUUUUGUCUCUAUGUAAAAACUUGAAGAAUAUUUCAAUUGUAGAGAGAACAGUCAUUUGGCACCGAAAUCAAUGGAUGGUUUAAAUUAAUGAACAAACGAAUAUGGAAAUAGCCAUAUCGAAAAGAAACUGCAGAUGCAAUUAAAACAAAAUUUAUUGAGCUAAAGUGUGCGUGUAUAUAUAAAAAAAAAAUAUUUUCGAAAAAAUAAAAAAAUAAAUAAAAAUCUGGUGUAAGAGUGAGUGUUAUAUCAACGCAGAGCGAACAACAACCACAAAUUGAAUAAAUUUUAUUGCCGUCAUCCCAAGAGGAACCCCGUUAAAUUAACUCCAUUCUGGCCAACCACAUUAUUCUACAACUAUUUUUCAUAUUUAUUCUACAUCGAAAAAGAAUUGUCGAGAAGUCGCAUUGAAGUGGGAGUGGAAUACGAUAAGUUAAACACCUGCAAUUUGUCUGCCAACAAUAAUUUUUAAUAAUAUAAAUACCAAGUGUUUAUUUCCGUGACAAUCUCACAUUGAUAUAUUAUUGAAGUGAAAAAUCGUCGACGGUCACCAAGUGAAAAACCGUUAAAUUAAAAAAUUACACAAAAGCAAAGCAAAAAGAAGAAGAAAAAAGAAAUCAAUUGUAUUUUGGUGUUUGAUCAGAGUGAUCCAAAGAGUGAGAGAAAAGGCGUUAAUAAACUUUGUCUGUGUUUUUGAGGCGGCUUGUUUAUUUAACAAUUCAAUUAUAGUAAAUGUGUGAUAAUCGUUUGUCCGAUGUUAUCUGCUGUUGAAAAUCAUUUUGGACCAAGCAGGUUAUACGCGACGGGAGCACAUCCAUAUAACAAUAACAGUGCCGCUGCAAUUGGUGCGAAUAGUAAUUUAAUUGCAGCUCCGUGUCCGAUUGUCGCUCUACCAACGCCUAUGUCAGCUACAGAGUUUGUACGACCCCAUCCAAAACCAAAUCGUUACAAUGGCAGUCAGUCGUUGCGAAAUGGCCUGUCAUCGCCAUCAUCACGAUCAAAAUACUCGCCGUUAGACCAAUCGGCACCAGUUAAUUUGGCUGUGAGUCAAUCGAUGCCAGAUAAUGGUGCAUUAGUGUUAAGCCAUAAGCCAAGCGAUGUAGCUGCACUGUGCAAGCCAUCAUCAUUGGAAAGUGAACAGGAACAGAUUAGUAAUUCAAUUGCAAGUCUUUACCAGCACAAAUUGUCGUAUUGUCAACCGCCAUCAAUUCCAGAUGCUGCAUCAUCUCUUUAUUACCAAAAUUUUUAUGCAAGGCCAUCGACCGGUUCGGUUUAUGGACAUUCAAUUUAUGCAACACCAUCACAUGCACUAGCAGGCGCACGAAAUCCAUUACAUCACGGUGUUGCAACGUAUCCGCAUGUAGAAUCAUAUUCAAAUCCGUACUUAUUCGGUCCGAAUGCCUACAGUCCUCCGGCUGCAGCUCGACCCAAUUUAUCGCCACAUUCACCAAUCGGAACAAUAACCGUAGGAUCAGCAUCACAAAACAGUAACAAUACCUCGAUCUCAGCACAAUCGGUAUUACCAGCUAAUGCUUCACCGUUAUCAGUGUCACCGCCGUCGAUAUUUACACAGCAACAACGCGAACAACAGCAUCAGCAACACCAGCAACACCAGCAACAGCAGCAACAGCAGCAGCAUCAGCAGCACCAACAACAUCAACAUCAUCAUCAUCAUCAUCAACAACAUCAGCAGCAACAGCAACAGCAACAACAACAUCAGCAACAGCAACAGCAACAGCAACAACAACAACAGCAACAAUAUCACUUGAAAUCAUCAUCAGAGCACAGUUCAUCAGUAGCAAAGCCAGUUAGUACGUAUCGUACAGAGGCCAAAGAAAAAGAGUCAUCAAUAAUAUCGAAUGGUAAAUCGGCAGAUUUUAAAAUACCUUCUGGAAAAGAGGGAUCAUUAAAACAUCGAAUCCUGACCCGGCCAUAUGGUGAAAAGGAAACGACAGUGAAACAAACACAAAAACAAUCACUGUCGAUGCAUAGUCAAAACACAGUUGUCACAAAGCCAUCGGUCAAAACAAAGAACAAUAACGUUAGCAGUAACAAUAAUAAUAAUAACAAUAAUGCGUGCAACAAAAAUAAGAAUUUGGGAAAUAGCAGCAAUUUAACGAAUUUCAGCAAAGGUACACUCAUCGAAUUGUCAAGCGGUGAAUUGAAGCGUGUCGAAGACAUGCGAACCGAAGAUUUCAUUACAUCGUCCAGUAAAAAUCCGAAUCUACAAUUAAUCGACACAACGGUCGUCAAAAUGACGUCACAAUCCAAAAAUAACGUCCUAAUCACAUUGAGCUACAAUAAUACUAAGAUUUGCAUGGAAACACAGACAAGUCAUCCAUUUUUUGUCUAUGGCAAAGGAUGGUCAUCAUUUCGGCCAGAAGAAACGUCAAACGUGCACGGAUUGAAAUGUCAAUUGCUAGAAAUUGGUGAUGUUUGUAUAUCGUUGACACCACGUGAACAACAAUCAAAAUCCAUAUCGUCAUCAUCCGAAUUGGCCACAUCACCACAAAAUCUCUCUCGUAAACAAAUGCCACAUACCAUUUUAACUACAGCCACUGCAACAGCGGUAACAAGUCGUCAAACGCAAUCGUUUGACAUGUCAUCGUCGUAUAUGUCACAACGGCAUCCAACCGAAUUAGUCUAUGGCCAUCACAUUCGACCAACGAUGCAAGAUAAUUCAUUACGGAAUUAUAGUACAACAAUGGCACCACCACCGCCGCCACCAUCUUCAAGCGCCGAUAAUUCAUCAUCUGCAUCUUUGUAUGAUAACGAAGUCAUCGAUGCAACCAUGCACUCGAGAAAACGACGUGCGUGGUCGGUAACCGAAAAUCUAUGUGCUGCCGAUCAAAAGAAAACCAAACAAAAUUAAAUGGCCAUUUUUUAGUGGGAGGAGGAGGUUGGUUUUAACAUUAAAUAUUGAUCGCCACAUUGGAUUUUCCAGUUUGUGUGUGAAUAAAUGAUAGAAAACAUUCUCAGUGCAAAUAAAAUGAAAAACAAUACGAAAAAUCUCUAUGGCUACAAACUGACUUCCUUCUAUCGACUGAUCACUCAGUUUACUGCAUUUAUUAUACAUGCGAUUUGACAUUGUUUUCACAUUCAUUGAAUCGCUCUUAUCGAACAUUCAUUGAAUGCUUACCGCGAUAAGAUUGCAUUGAGAAUCGCAUGCAUUAUGCAAAGCUGUUUUGAAACACGAAAGUGAACAAGAAGAAGCAGGAGACACGGAAAGAAAUAACAAUAUUUUAUAUAUAUAUAUAAAUGUCCUAUCGUUGCCUGCGACUUUGGCUGGAAAAAGGCGUAGCAAUUUCAUACAAUCAUGUAUUAAUAUACAAUAUUAUUUUAUUUUCUUUCGUUGGAUUACACGUAGACAAUUAAGUUGAAAUAAUUGCUGUUGCUACCGCUGUUUGCUGUCAUUGAAAUGCAAUUUCACCUGUCAUUUUGGUCUCGUUAUAAAGCAUUUUUUUGAUGAUUAUCAUUUUUUUUUCUAGUUGUCCUCUAAUUUGUUCAUUAUUUCCGAAAUGAAAAUGUAUUGUUUUGUUUAGGUUAUAAACAAACAUCCCAUUCAUUCAAUGAUAUAUUGUACGAAAAUAUAGUAAAACAUUUUUAAAAAAAAUAAUCAUUUAAACUGAAUUUAUGUGAUCUUAUUUCACUUUUUAUUCAAUAUGUAACUAGUUUUUUUUCUUUGUUCUGUAAUUGUGUAAAUAUUUAGGAGAAAAUUCAAUCACAGUUUAAUUGAUACGAAUCUAUCGAGGAAAAAAGAUGAGAUGAUCCUUCACUAUUAGUGGCAUAUGUGUUUAUUUGUACUAGGUACUUCGUCUAUUGAAAUAGUUAUUCAAGCCCAAAAUAAAAACAAAUACAAUAUACUGAUAUUGAGAAUAUUGCAAAACUAGAAAAUUUAUCCAUUUUUAUUAUUCACAAUUCUUAGAGAGUUUUUAGUUUAUUUUUCGAUGCUUGAACAAAAAGAAUAAUGCGAAUGUAGAAAAAGUCAUCAUAUUCAGAUUCUUCUUGAGUUUGUUUUCUGCCUUAGAUACUGCCACUACUUGAUUUUUUUUCUCCUCUUUCUGUUUUGAAAACUUACAUGACCGAAAGAAUCGUCGAUAAUGAAAAAAAAUAUAGUCGUUGCAAUGAAUGUUACAGCAAACUCAGAAUAUUCGAUAAAGAAAUAUAUUUUUACAUGUGGAAUGAGAUUUUUUUUUGUUCUCGGUAUAGAAUCUGAUGAGAGUUUUGAUUUUAAUUUGCGAUCUCUUAUAUCGUUGUAUUUGAAUACGUUGCCGUCAAAAACUGGGAAUCGAAUAAUGUUUUUAAAUGAAGUUUAAUCGAAGAUUGAAACACACUUUUUAUAUUGAAUUUUAAGGGAAUUUUGUGAUGUGAAUAAGAAAUCGACAGUAGAUUAUGAAACAAAAAAAAUUACAGAAAUUUAAUUAGUUAGACAUUAAAAUGGAUGAAUCCAUUAAACUCGACACAAGUCAUAAUAACACAGAGAUCAAAGGCAAGGAAGUAGAGAAACGAAUGUGCAACAUGUUUUACGUAAAUUAUUAACAAAAUAAAAAGAAAAUUUUUAGCGAGAGAAUAUAUAUGUUCAUGCAAAUGAAUGAAAAAAAAAAAGACUUAAAGAAAACGAACUACUGAUUUAUAUGUUAUAUACUAUAACACUCUGGGAGUCAAAUAUGAAUGAUACGAAACAAACGAUGUUGUUCGUUUCAUUGCGAUCUCAUCUGAAACCAUUUUUUUUAAGUCUUAUAACAAUUCUGUUUUUCGUUGCUCUUUUCCCUUCUCAACACUAUUACUAUUCGAUUCAGCCAGUUCUAGCUAAUGAUAUUAACCCAAAAAAGAGAGAAAAAGUGAGAGAGAUAGAGGAAGAAAAGUAUUUUAUUUUUCAUUGCAACACACAUUAAUUGUUAUUAAAGAUAUACAAAUAUAUAUAUAUUAUAAAUAAAUAAAUAAAUAAAAGAAAAACAAAUAAACUAAAUGAA